AUGUUAGGAAAAUUAUCACAAAGCUCUUUAGCAACGCGUAUACUAGGAACCACGCCUUCUCUUUAUUGUAAUGGUCGUAUUGUUUGUGUUAAUUUAUUACGACAAUAUGCUACUACUACGACAAAAAAUACAAAGAAUACGAAGAAGAAUACAAAGAAUACAAAGACCACAAAGACCACAAAGAGUACAAAGACUAAACGAGGAAGUGACUCUAAAUCAACUCAGAAAAAAAGUAAAAAGGAAAAAGAAAAUGUUUAUCUUAUACCUCAAGAACCAAAAAAGCCUUCAACAGCUUAUACUCUUUUCUUCCGUGAUUUUUUUUACGAAAGACAUAAAAAGAAUCCAGAAGAUAAAGUAACUGAAAUUGCUAGAUUAGCUGGUAAUGAAUGGGUUAAAUUAUCAGCAGAGGAGAAAAACAAAUAUACAAAUCAAUAUAAAGAAAAAAGGGAUGAAUUUAAGACCUCUCAUGAAGCGUGGUUAAGGUCUUUGACACUUGAUCAAAUUGCCCAAGAAAAUAAACGACGUAGAAUGGAGAUGUCUAAGGGAAGGAGAAAAUCAAAAUUGAAAUUGCUUAAACAUCCUGAUCAGCCAAAGAGACCUAAAACACCUUAUAUUCAUUUUGUUGUGGAACGUAUGAGUGACAAUGCAGAGAAAGGAGCUGUUCGGAUUAAAGAACUCGCUUCUGAAUGGAGACAACUCAGUGAUGAAGAUAAAGAGCCGUAUAAAAAAAGAUAUCAACAAUCUAAAAGUGAGUACGAAACAGAUAUGAGAGCGUUCGAAGAGAAAUACAUCGUUACUAAUUAG